AUGUCCAAUGGAUGCAAUCGACUCCUUUGCGGCUCGGUUGGCUCCAGCUUGGUUCCUCAUGCCCUGACUUUCCGCACGACUUGUUGCCAAAGCGAACUCUCUAUCAGCCAUAUCGUACGCCUGGAGAGGCACCGAGUAGCAGACUCAAAAUGCUCUUGCGAAUCGAAAGCUAAACAUGUAUCUGAGGCCUCCUCUCAACACACCAUUCCUGAGAGUUCCUUGAGAACCGCACACAAUUCUUCACGCAACAUUUCACCUAAUGGUAGUUUGCAAAGAACAUUUCGAGCCACAAGUCACAGCCUUCGCUUGAAUAUUCGGAUCCAAGCUUUCCAUACGCGCUCGAGUUCGUCGCUCAAGAACUCGAAUAGAAAAUGUGGACCUGCUCCGACUCUUCCCAAAAAACCCUCACUACCUUCUCAUUCCACCACCUCUCUUCCCCAAUCCAGCCUUCCAAAGCGAACAAAAUUGCCAUAUCCUCCUUAUAUUAGUGUCGGGUCGCUCCCCGGGGAUAAAAUUCGAACUGGCAAGGGUGGGGGUCCGGAUAUAUCACUUCCCAACAGCCCGAUCCAAGAACGAGAAUUUGAGAAAGAGCGUCAGAGGAGAGAGGAGGCAAGACAGCUAGAACUUGAAGAGAAUAUUCGAAGAGAGCAGGAGGCUAGGGCAGAGGCACAACGCCAGCAGAAUCAACAAGCCCAAAGAGCAAGAGAGGAAAACAUUACACGCAAGCGAGAAGAAUGGAUGCAAAAGCUCCGCAAAGCCGAAGAUAUCGCCAACCAGCUCGAGGCGUUCCCAUGGAAUGACAAGGCCGACCUCCAUCUUUACUUGCAACGCCAUCGUUUGGUGGAAAGAGCGAAGCACCUCGAGUCCCAACUUAAGGAUUGGUACGGCGAAGGAGGUCUCAAUGAGCAGACUAGAGACAUUGGUAACUUGAUAUAUUUCAAUGCAAGGGACGCACUCAGUGACGAAAAUCUCGCGCCGAUCCUGAGAGAGCUCAAUGACACUGAGCUGUACUGGGCCUACUUGGGGAACCCAGAUGGUGUCAAAGAUGAGAAGCCCGGUGCGUCCGUACCAACGCGGACUAGACUUCGAUUGUACGAGAUCUUAUGGCUACGCUACCAAGUGAUUGAUACGGCCUGGGUGAUUUCAAUGACAUUACACGAUCUCCGACAAAUACGAAGGCUAAAGGCUCAAAUAUUGUGCUCUGCAGAGAUAUACAGCUACCAUAAACUCACCUACCCGCUUCAGCUACUUGUUAACGCGAUAAGUCUCAAUGCCGAGCGUAUAAUGCUGGACUACUUCCAUCUCAGACGCAUGUCGGGGCUUUUCUACAAGCCCUCAUCGCGACGGCUGACUAAGCUAUUUUAUGAAAGCGCAUUUCUCUUCCAUGGAGCGAAGCUGCGUUGGUUGAGCAGAAUUGCUAUCCGUGAUGUGCGACGCAACCUUGAAGAACUUGCGGCGUCCCCUGUCCAAAGGGAGCUGUUCACAAAACUGGGACCUUUGAUUGCCCACAACCGAGCCUUCGUGGGCCUCCAGAGCUCUUACAAAGGUCUGUUAACACUGCUCAAGAUCCCAUCUCGAUCUCCACCGGCUCGACUACAGAUGAAGAUUGAAGAAGCUCAUGACCAUCUCUCUGAUGCGCAACGAGAUAUUCUGCUUUUGACUGAGUUCGCUAUGCUCUGGUCUGGUGUUCGCAAGAUAUGUUCGGAUAACCAGAACCUUCAGCGGGAUUGUCAUGUGCCAACUCUGCAACUCAAUCCUGCUCCAGCAUCUUCGUUUCUGCCCCGUCACGUUGUUGCACGGCCUCAGAAUGCUGUUCAUUACGUUGCGCCCUGGCGGAUUCCUACAUCUCUCUAUCCUCUCGGUACAGCAAUCCCAAUCCACUACGUUCUUACGUACUCGGGUCUUCGGAUGGUGUUGCCACGGUUGACUGCCUGCAAGGUCCUGGGUUUCGACACUAUACAAACAGCUAAAACCCAGGGAAACCGCUUGGUUGAAUUUUUGAUUCUUGCGAGCGACCACGAGGUGGCGAUUAUCCAUAUUGCUUUAAUGAGCCAAUUGUCUCUCAUAUCAAAGGAGCCUUUCCUUGAUAUCAUGCCAAACUCUUCGAUUUUGAAGGUUGGUGUAGAUGUCGAAUAUCAGCGGCGAAUAUUGGCAGAUGGUCCUUCUAUUGAGUUAGAGGGAACUGUCGAGCUCCGUGAUCAUCUCGGCUGGAGUGUAUCCCCUGAAGCGGGAUCUGCGAGAGACCGGGCUGGGAGUAUCAUCUCAUCGAUGGCCAACCAAAUUUUGGGUUCCCCUUUACCCCCGGUCGACCUUUCGCGGGCACUUCGAGAUUUGCUUCUAGGAACGGAAUUUCGUGCCAUUAGGAGAGUUGGGUCAAUUGAACCCCUUCAUCUCCUUACACAUCUCGCCUCGCGUGCCUACGCUGCUUUGCAACUAUAUCGAGUGGCCGUCGGUGAGAGGCUCGGCCCGAUACCCAGCUCCUCAGUCCAGUCUAACGUCGAUGAACAUUCACUGGGUCCUGUUUUGGUCUACAGGCAGUCGGGUAUAAAUGAUGAUGGCCUACCCAGACAAAGAUCGCUUCCCCGCCAACGACUGCUCCAUCUAGCGAGCAUUGCGGAACACUGGGCGGCGACGACCUUCUGGGCUAAAUUACAUCCGAAAGAGUUUAAAAAGCUUUCCAGGCGAGAACAGAAGGUUAAAAGAGAAAAGGCUAUCAAAAAGCUGACAGCCUAUUGCUUGUUCACGACAUUUAACGAGAGAUUGGAUACAAUUCAGCGGUAUAUGGGGAUGCGCCUGGUCGCCACUGAGAUCCUUGCUAUUUCCGACGAGGCAAAGGUUCCCCUCCGUCCAAUGGACGUUGAAUUACUUGACAUCUGGCGAAGGAAGCGAGAGGAGAGCCUUCCUCAAAAUGAAGCGCAGGGAAAUGUCGGUUUUGGAGUGGUAUCUACGUCGCAUGCUCUUGGAAAGGGAGUCAAUACUGGCUCGCCAUUCUGGAAGUCCGGGUUGCAAGCACCCUGGCCGGUUAAACCAGUACUGCCCCCUGCAAUCAACUCUGUCGAAGCCACUCUGCAGCGCGACCAAGGCACAGCAACCUUCACCUCAUCUGAAGCCGGAGUCAAGUGCUUCUACCGCACAAAAGCCACCUUUACGCUGUUCAGAUCUGUCUGGCCGCGUGGACUCGCAGAUAUAUGA